CGAAGCGCGCGCGCGAAUGUAUGAGAUACGAGACCCUCAUUACAUUUAUAUCAUAUCAACUACCUGAUCCCAACGGCCAAAAUUACGAGAUUUAACAAUUCGUGCCAACUUCGUGACAACUUCGUGACAACUUCGCGUCUAUAGUUGAUUUUUAUUAUCCUUUUCAAUCUUCAAUCUAGCAAAGAUUCAACUUUUUUUUUGUUAGUUAAUAUUUAACGCUUCAAAUACCUGUCAAACUUAUACACAAGAUGGAUUCCUCGCCGAGCAAGAGACGCGUCUUAGGUUCUAUCGAUGCUAAUGCUAGAAGCCCAGUUUCUGCUUCGAAGCUCCAAGAAUACAAAUUAAAAGCACUCUCACCCACCCCGAGCAUAAUGAACAAUGCCAUUAAGAGGCCUCUCGACCACCAAGAAGCCGUGAGCCAGCACCAGCAGCAUCCACCUACACCACCAACCAAGAAGCAACGCCUCUCUGUUGGAGAAGAGGAGAUUGAACGUAUGCCUAUAGAUGAGGAACACUGUCCUGAAAGGGACUCUCCUCGAGAAGAAACUGAACGACAGCAAUCUAAAUCGCUAGAACAAGAAGAGUCGCUUUUAGACAACUCUACCAUGGACAUAACCGGGGAAACCACAGUAACAGAGCCAGAUAUAGAAGUUGUUGCUCCAGCCCCACCAACCCCGCCGGCGCCGACUCGAAGACGAUCAACUAUGACGCGGGAGGAAGCUCGACAGAAAGCAGAGAUGUUGCGACUAAGACUCGGCCUGGCUAGUUACAAGGUUCGCACCGGACAGACAGACGUGUCGCUAGAGCAGCUCGAAGCCAAGUCGUUAUUGAAAUCUCGACGGCCCGAGAAGCCCUCUUUAUCCCCGCUGUCACGAACUACGCACACGGGAGAGGAACAUGACAAAGACGGUGAAGACGGUGGGGAUGAAGUACCAUCUUCGGGGCGAAAGGCGUUGCCGACCGCGCGGCCUCUUAGUCGGGGGAGUAGUUUUGACAAGGGCUGUCUAGGAACGGAGAGGGGACAAUUACCUGGAUUGCCGAUACCGUGGCCGGGUUCGCGAAGAGCAUCGCGAUAGGGGUUGAGUAGAGAGAGGGG